AUGGUGAGAGUUCCAUGUUGCCAUAUGGAGGGGGUAAAGAAGGGUCCAUGGAGUGCAGAAGAGGAUGGCAAACUCAUCCAAUACGUACAUAAUCAUGGCCCUGGUAAUUGGCAUAAGCUUCCAAAACUUGCAGGUUUAUUGAGAUGUGGGAAAAGUUGCAGGUUACGCUGGAUGAACUAUUUGCAACCAAAUAUAAAACGGGGAAAAUUUUCUGAAGAAGAAGAAAACAUGAUACUAUUCUACCAUGGCAUGCUUGGAAACAAGUGGUCAGAAAUAGCUAAGAAACUGCCAGGACGUACAGACAAUGACAUUAAAAACCAUUGGAAUACCCGUCUGAAGAGAACAGCAUCAGAUAUUUCUCCUCCUCCUUUGCUAUGCACAAAUGGCCAUGCAGCAUCAAGUACAGAAGAGAUUUGGUGUAAUUUUACAGAUUUUUCCAGUGAUCCAAAGGAAGUUGUAAGAAGUCCAGCAUCCACAGAUUUCAUGAGUAUGGGAGAUGAGAAUGAAUACUGGAGGAAUAUGUUAAACUUAGCGGAUAAUAGCUCUGCAACAGAAGCAAGUUUUAGUCACUUUGUAGAUGAAGAUGGGAAUCCCUUCCGUUCAUCGCCUAGUCUUGUUUUAUUGUUGUCUUCGUUGAAUGCAAGUAUUGCCGAUUUUAAGGAAACCCCCCAUGUUAAUCCUAUUUUACACCAAGGUUUAACCGCUCUGAUAUUUGAGUAUUUGAAAGCUAGGGCUUUUGAAAACCCCAGUAAGCCAUCCCAUAUUAGUGCUGAAGAUAUUGAUGAUAGUGAGGAUUCAAAGUCAGAAGGAUGGGAAACUGAUAGAGAUGAUGGGGAUUUUUUCCUUCAUUCUAUCAAAAAGGCCAAAAAUGGGGCGAAGACGAUUGCUAUGGGUGUGAGUAAGGGUUCCCCUGGAGCUAGUGGUGAAGGCUUGAGUAAACACCCUAAGGGUAAAUCUCGAAAAGCCACUUUGAGGGUUUCUGAUAGCUCUGAUGAUCAGGAGUCCCUGGACCAAACUCAAAAUGUCAAGAUGUCAUCUUCCUCUCAUGUCUCAAAACAAAAUUCUCAAGAUUCAACAGAUUUUUCCCCACAGGAUUUUCAUCCUAGAUAG